CAGGCGUGGAGUUGGGACCGUGCUCAUACAAUCUGGCUGUUUCCCUUCUUUUUCUAUUUUGGAUGUGUUAAUGGUUCUGUUUGUUUGUUUUGUAAAUUAGGAAGGCAGCUCCAACACUUUAAAUAAGGCCCCAACCCCCACCCAGCAGAUGCUCAGUAUUAAAAAGUAGAGGCUUUCCAGUCAGACUGCCAAGCAGCAUCCAGUUCAGCCAAUCAGAUCCACCCUUGACUUGUCAGGGUCGACUCCUGUCACUGCCAGGGAGCCAUCAGAACCUCUGGUUCUGAAUGCUGCUUGGUUCGUGAAUCACUCUUUGUUCAAGUAAAAUAAUUUAUUGUGGCUGAAGUUAAGUCUUCCUCCUCCUCUCAUUUUUCAACAGAUGUCUUCUGCAGAGAUUAGCAAAUACUGUUUGGCCUGGGUUUCCCCAUAGUGUCUGCACAGCUCAGGAAAUGGCCUGCCGUUUCCUUGCUGUGUUGCAUUUCUUUAAUUGGUGCUAUUUUAACACAACAGAAUGUAGUGCUACACUGUUCGAAUGGCUUCUAUUGAUACUCACUGUAUUUUAUUUAUGUUUGGUACUGGAAUUGAAUGUGGAGUCUUCGCCCCACCUCAUGAGUAAGCCUAGCACUGGCUUCCACUGAUACUCUACCCCAAUAUCUUCUAUUUUAUGCCUGUUUUAAACUGAGAUGGCAGGCUUUCUUAUGUACGAUGCUAAUUGCUUAGUUAAAACUCUGCCUUGAGUGGAUGUGGUGGGAAGUUCAAAGUCCCAGCUCUUGGAAGGCAGGGGCAAUAGGAUGACUGAACUCAAGGCUAGCCUUUGGUAUGUUGGACAGACACUCUGUCUCUAUUAAUCAGAAAACACAAAACUAACAAAACAUGCUCUAACUUUCUGUGUUCUUAAAGCUGCCUACUUACUUUCUGAUAUUACAUAGGAAACAAAUACUUUCUAGCAAAUGAGGGUCCAAUGGCCAAGACAAUUAAAAUUGUUACCAAACUGCACUUUAUUGUUUUCUAUGGUCUGUUGCAAUUUUACACCUUAGCAUUGCAUAGAGAGGCAAAAGAAUUAUAGCAAAUUUACGUAGCCGGGCACAGUAAAGCAAAUUGAAACUUAAGUGCUAGGCAACCUGAAAAGUUUUGAAACUCAAUUCACCUGGGUAUGGUGGCAGACAUCUGUAGUCCCAGCUACUCGGGGAAAUCACUUGAGCCUUACAGUUUCGAAACAUAGUAUGAUAUCAUCCUCAGAAUUUAACCAACCAACCAACCAACCAACCAAUCACAAAAAGCCUCCUUUCUCCAAAACUAAAGAAUAAAGACUAUUUGUGUUUAUAAACACUAUUUUGCAUUAUGGGUUCCUUUGUUAAAUAAACAUUUUCUUCCAAAGAUAAACUUGAUUAUUGUUUGAAGAUAAGAUGGUUCUUAUGGGGGGCUGGUGAGAUGGCACAAAGUUAAGUACUUGUUCUUGCACAGGAUUUGGGUUCAGUUCCCAGUACACAACAUGGUAGUUCAUAACUGCUCCAGAGUAAAGUUCUUACCUCAGUGGGCAACAGGCACACUCAUGGAACACGUUCAUACAUGCAGGCACUUACACAUACACCUAAAAUAAGACUUAAAAAAAAGAUAGUUCCUUUUCUCCAAAUUUAGGGCUGUUUUACUGAAAUGAAGAUAUUAUACCCCACAGAAUGGAGAGGGCUUCUAUUUUGCUUUGUUAAAAAUAGAAAUUUGCUGGGUUGUGGGGGCUUUGAUCCCAGCACUCAAGAGGUAGAGGCAGGCGUGACUCUGUGAGUUUGAGGCCAGCCUGCUCUACAGAGCGAGUUCCAGGAUAGCCAGGGCUGAACCAGAGAAACUUGUCUCAAAAAAGAGAGAGGGAGGGAGGGAGAGAGGGACGGAGGAUGGGUAGAUUUAUUUAUUAGUUUAUUAAUUCUGGUGAUUGAAUUCAGUGCCUUGUCUUUAUUAAGCAUAUAUUGAGAUCUGCCUACAUUCCUUCGGUGAAAUCAAAUGAUGUAUUUAAGAGUAUUAUUUUAACUUGGUAUUAAUAUCCAGAAAUGCAUAAUUGUGGGGCUAUGGUCAAGCUCAAUCAAUAAAGCUAUCACCUUGAGUACACAAGACCCUGGGUUCUACCCUGAAUACCAUAAAGAAAAAAGUGCACAGUUGUACCAUUUGAAAUAGUAAAAAAUAAUUAAAUAUUUAAAGUUUGCAUAAAGCCUCUUUGCGUAGAACUGAACAAACUACAUCACCAAUAGUUUCCCUAGUAUUGGAUUUCUACUUUAAAAAAUGUUUAUUUAUAUUUAUGUAUAUAUGUAUGUUCCUUCUUACCUGUCUGUGAGCCACAUUCGUGUGGUACCCUAAGAGGUCUUUAUUAAGUAGGUCUCAAAUCCUUGGACAAACGGCUGAGGAGACUAUUGAACAUAUCAAAACGGACUUUGCCAGCAGCUUCUCCCAACAUCCCGACCUGUUAUAGAUUAUAGAUGGUAUUUCACCCCACCCCCUCCCCAGAGGCCCUUCCCUAAACAAUGCCAGCCAUUUUGAUGACCCCCGUUGACCUUUUGCUUGCUUGGCUGCUGCACCUGGUUCCCCCCUCCUUCCCCUCCCCCUGGCCUCUUCUCAUGUGGAUCAGGGUCAUGUCUAGACUGGACUCUUCUGGCUGUCUCUGCCUUUGGCUGUGCUUUCCUUUCCAUCUACAAUAAUUGCCCACAAUCCCUCCAGUAUAUGCCUAUAAUAAAUGCCCAGGAUACUGGGUCUCAGGUCAGAGCUUAGGUGUGAAGCCCUGGGAUCUAUUCUUAGCAAAAAUAAAAGGGGAAAAAGGAAGCUUAUCAUUGUUUUAAAUUUGGCUUAUGUCCACAAUUCAAGUUUGCAAUGCUUGAAACACAUUAUACACAUGUAAUUUUUGAAAUUAUUUUUCUUAUAUACACCUUGGAAAUAAUUAUAUGAGUUCUGGGAUUCAAACCCAAACCUUACACAUGUCAGGCGAACAUCCUACCACAGAGGUAUAGCUUCAGACAUGGUUCUCUUUAUUAUGUAGCUACCUCUUUAAAAAAGUGUACAACACAAGAUACAAAAACUAUUUUGUUUAACUAUUUAAUAGUCUAUAACUAUUGCUUUUAAUGAUUUUAGGUGCCAUCAAUAUUUAUUUCCAUGUUUAACUGGCUGCUGAAUAAAGCAAGUAGAUAUUGUUUCUUUCAGUCCUUUCAGUAGACAUGAGUAUUCUUACAUUGUAGAUAUGGAAAGCUACAGAACACUGUCAAGUAAAAGGUAAAUAGCAUACUGAGAUGUGGGAUGUAAGAAAGGCCUGGCCAGGUGAGCUGGCUCGGUGAGAAAAUAUGCUUGCUGCCAAAGCCAACGGCCUAAAUUCAUCCCUGGGUGGCGUUCUGAUUUGGGGCAGAGUGAGGGUGAAAGUGAAGGCAGUACAUGCUAACCUCUUGAAAAAUGUUUAUGACUAAUAAUUGUUCUCUCACAUCUGUAGGUGAGAAACAUUGAUAUGUAUUUUCUGUGGUUUGGUAUAGUUAAAGGAUCUCUGUUACAAUAGUUCCCUGUAGAAAAAAAAUGGUACAUAACCAGUAUCUUAGUUGAAUUUAUAUUUUCAUAAAAUUAAACAUUACUUUUUUUUUUUUUUUGUGGUUUUUCAAGACAGGGUUUCUCUUUAUAGCUCUGGCUGUCCUGGAACUCACUCUGUAGACCAGGCUGGCCUCGAACUCAGAAAUUCACCUGCCUCUGCCUCCCGAGUGCUGGGAUUAAAGGUGUGCGCCACCACGCCCGGCAAACCAUUACUUUUUAUAUGUGUGAUUUGAAUACAUUUCCUAGUUUUGACAUGAUUGUAAGGAGUUACCUGUUGCUUAUAAAACUCACUUUAGAUUUUUAUGAAAAGUUUUAUAUUUGUCUGGCUUUAUUCUCUAGAGUCAUUUCACAUUUCCCCCUCAUACAAGUACCUACCAAGUCACAUGUGAAAAAUGCCACAAUUAAACCUGAUUUUUGAUACUGCCGGCUUCGGGCUUUAAUAAAGCAUAUAUGCUUUAGCAUAGUCUUGUAAUUUUUAAAAAAUAAAAAAUGGAGCAUUUACUUUUAUAUUUUAUCCAAUUACGAAUUUUCUUUCUAUCUACACAAAUUUUUAUUUCCUCUUGAGCACUGCAGAAUUUUAUAGAAAGUGUAUUUAUUCUUGAACUAACUCUUUUGCUAUUUAUUGUAUUGAUUAGAGAGAGAGAUUGCAUGAUGUUCUCAGGGUACAGAGGAAGGCUGUCUGUGGGAGGACAGAGAGGAGUAACCAACACCAGCUUCAUUCAUCGCCCACCUCAGAAUGGAGACAAACAUGGACACCUGAAAUUUGUUUCAAAUGGUUUCCCAACAGUGAUGUCACAAGAUUGACCACACUGACACAAUAUGGAGUCUGGAGAACUGUUGCCAUCCUCACCAGCCUCCUCCACUACACCAACAUCAUCUUCUGCUCCUUCCGUGGCUUCAGCAGUUUCAAAGAGCAGCCUUUCCACAGGAGCUGCUUCACUUAGUUCUACAGCCAGCCCAUGUGUACUUGAAGCUGGGAAGUCCAAGAUCAAGGUAUCACCUGACUCAGUGUCUGGACAUUUAUUCAGAGCAGCUGGGGAUCAGCCGUUUAACCUGUCCACAGUGCCGAGUGCCUUCCCAAUGCUCAGCCACCCAGGCUUUGGUCUACAUUCAGCCAGCUCAGGGCAUUCAGAAUUUGGUGGUUUGGGGACACUUGGUACACCCACAGCCUUAGCCGCACAUCCCCAGCUAACAUCUUUUCCAGGUGCAGAGUGGUGGCGAACCACAGAUGGCCACUCUCGUGCUGGAACGCCCUUCUUUCCACCAUUACUGGGAAUUCCACCACUGUUUGCUCCUCCAGCCCAGAAUCACGAUUCGUCAUUCCAUUCGAGGACUUCUGGGAAGAGCAGUCGAAAUGGUCCUGAGAAAGGUAUAAAUGGGUCGGUUAAUGGAACCAGUGCAGCAUCAGUACUUGGUGUCAAUGCAUCUGUAGUAGCCACUCCUGCUUCAAGUUCCAUGGGACAGAACCAAAGCACAAGCUCAGGUGGAGGAACCCUAAAAUGUCAUCAGGAACAAAACAAAAGCCAGCCUGUGGACGCCAGAGCCGACAGAAUCAAAGAUAAGAAACCAAGGAAGAAGGCUAUGGAAAGUUCUAGCAACAGUGAUAGUGACUCAGGCACAUCGUCAGACACCUCGAGUGAAGGCAUUAGCAGCAGUGACUCAGACGAUCUGGAAGAGGAAGAGGAAGAAGAUCAAAGCGUGGAGGAGAGUGAAGAUGACGAUUCUGACUCAGAGACUGAAGCACAACACAAAAGUAACAACCAGGUGCUAUUACAUGGUAUUUCAGACCCAAAAACAGAUGGACAGAAAGCAACUGAAAAAGCCCAGGAAAGAAGAACACACCAGCCAUUACCUCCUGUGUCUGAGUCCCAGACGCACCCACCAUUCCAGUCCCAGCAGAAGCAGCCUCAGGUUCUCUCACAGCAGCUUCCGUUUAUUUUCCAAAGCUCUCAGGCAAAGGAGGAGUCUGUGACCAAACACACCAGUGUAAUACAGUCGACGGGACUGGUGUCCAAUGUGAAACCUUUGUCUUUGGUAAAUCAAGCCAAAAAGGAAACUUACAGGAAACUCGUAGUUCCUUCUCCUGAUGUACUUAAAGCAGGGAAUAAAAAUACCUCUGAAGAGUCUAGUUCUUUGACCAGUGAAUUGCGAUCCAAACGGGAACAAUAUAAGCAGACAUUCCCAUCACAAGGAAAGAAACAGGAGAUGGGGAAGAGCCUGAAGAAGGUUAUUGCAGCUUUGUCAAAUACUAAAGCAACCUCUAGCUCACCAGCACAUCCAAAACUACCACUAGAUAACAACCACCCUAAUCCAUUUUUGACAAAUGCACUUUUAGGGAAUCACCAACCAAAUGGAGUCAUUCAAAGCGUCAUUCAAGAAGCUCCGUUAGCACUAACUACCAAAACGAAAAUGCAGAGUAAGAUUAACGAAAAUGUCUCAAGUAGCACCCCGUUCUCCUCACCUGUCAAUCUGAGCACGAGUGGGAGGAGAGCCCCUGGCAGUCAGACUCCAGCGCUGCCCUCUGCCUCGCCCAUCCUGCACAGCAGUGGGAAGGAAAAGCGGGUCAGCAAUGACGCAACCCCGCUCAAAGCGCACCAUCACCCCCAUCCGGCGGCAGCGGCCGCGGCCUUGGUGGAACAGUUUAGAGGGACAGAUUCAGACGUUCCCAGUAGUAAAGACUCUGAGGACUCAAAUGAGGAUGAGGAGGAAGAUGAUGAGGAAGAAGAUGAAGAGGAUGAUGAAGAUGAUGAGUCUGAUGACAGUCAAUCAGAAUCAGAUAGUAAUUCACAAUCAGAUUCAGAAGGCUCAGAAGACGACGAGGAGAAAGACCAGGAGGAAUCAGAUAGUGACACUGAAGGCGAGAAACCUGCCGUGAACCUGACCCAGACAAGCUCCUCUGCCAAAAGCCCUCCCUCCAGUCUCACAGCGCACUCAGCACCUCACCUCCACAUAGGAAGCCCCCCAGGCUCUGCUCCUGCUGCCCUGUGCUCUGAGUCCCAGCCUCCUGCUUUUCUUGGCACUUCUUCUUCCACACUCACUUCAACUCCACACUCUGGUACAUCCAAACGAAGAAGAGUGGCAGACGAUCAGGAGCUGCGCAUCCCUCUGGACUAUGGCUGGCAGAGGGAGACAAGGGUGAGAAACUUUGGUGGGCGCCUUCCAGGAGAAGUUGCAUAUUAUGCCCCGUGUGGGAAGAAGCUGAGGCAGUGCCCUGACAUGGUAAAGGGAAUGCAGUGGUGUCUUUUGAAAGAAGAGGAUGUCAUUCCUCGUAUCAGGGCAAUGGACGGCCGAAGAGGAAGACCACCCAAUCCAGAUAGACCCAGAGCAAGAGAGGAAUCCAGGAUGAAACGCCGGAAGGGUCGCCCUCCCAAUGUUGGCAGUGCAGAAUUCCUAGAUAACACAGAUGCAAAAUUACUAAGGAAACUGCAGGCUCAAGAAAUAGCCAGACAAGCAGCACAAAUAAAACUUUUGAGAAAACUUCAGAAGCAGGAACAGGCACGGGUUGCCAAAGAAGCUAAAAAACAGCAAGCGAUAAUGGCUGCGGAAGAGAAGCGCAAACAGAAAGAACAGAUGAAGAUUAUAAAGCAGCAGGAAAAAAUUAAGAGAAUACAGCAAAUCAGAAUGGAGAAAGAACUGAGAGCUCAGCAGAUUCUCGAGGCUAAAAAGAAAAAGAAGGAAGAAGCGGCAAAUGCCAAAUUAUUGGAGGCCGAGAAACGAACCAAGGAGAAAGAACUGAGAAGACAGCAGGCUGUCCUUCUGAAACACCAGGAGUUGGAGAGGCAUAGACUAGAUAUGGUAUGGGAACGGGAGCGAAGGCGGCAGCAUGUGAUGCUUAUGAAAGCUAUGGAAGCUCGUAAAAAAGCAGAAGAAAAAGAACGAUUGAAGCAAGAGAAACGUGAUGAGAAAAGAUUGAAUAAGGAACGCAAACUAGAGCAGCGGAGACUGGAGUUAGAAAUGGCGAAGGAGCUAAAGAAACCUAAGGAAGACAUGUGCUUAGCAGACCAAAAGCCCUUGCCAGAGUGGCCUCGCAUCCCGGGACUUGUGCUCUCUGGAACCACAUUUUCAGACUGUCUCAUGGUGGUGCAGUUCUUACGAAACUUUGGUAAAGUUUUGGGCUUUGAUGUGAAUAUUGAUGUUCCAAACCUCAGUGUUCUUCAAGAGGGAUUGCUAAAUAUAGGGGACAGCAUGGGUGAAGUACAAGACUUGCUUGUGAGGCUCCUCUCAGCUGCUGUAUGUGAUCCAGGUCUAAUUACAGGAUACAAGGCAAAAACAGCUCUGGGAGAACAUUUGCUGAACGUUGGUGUGAAUCGAGACAAUGUGUCCGAGGUUUUGCAGAUUUUCAUGGAGGCCCACUGUGGGCAGACUGAGCUGACUGAGAGCCUGAAGACUAAAGCUUUCCAGGCUCACACUCCAGCACAGAAAGCGUCCAUCCUGGCCUUCCUCGUUAACGAGCUGGCAUGCAGCAAGAGUGUGGUGAGUGAGAUUGACAAGAACAUUGAAUACAUGUCUAACUUGAGAAGAGAUAAAUGGAUGGUGGAAGGUAAACUCCGCAAGCUUAGGAUAAUUCAUGCUAAGAAAACAGGCAAGAGAGACGCCUCAGGGGGCAUUGACCUCGGGGAAGAACAACACCCCUUGGGCACGCCCACGCCAGGACGCAAGCGGAGAAGGAAGGGAGGGGACAGUGAUUAUGACGAUGAUGACGAUGAUGACAGCGACGACCAAGCUGAUGAGGAUGAGGAAGAUGAGGAAGAUAAAGAUGACAAAAAAGGAAAGAAGACCGAUAUCUGUGAAGAUGAGGAUGAAGGUGACCAAACAGCCAGCGUUGAGGAGCUAGAAAAACAGAUUGAAAAACUGAGCAAACAACAGAGCCAGUACAGACGAAAGCUCUUUGAUGCUUCUCACUCACUACGCUCGAUGAUGUUUGGUCAGGAUCGGUACCGACGCAGAUACUGGAUUCUCCCUCAAUGUGGAGGGAUUUUUGUAGAAGGCAUGGAAAGUGGUGAAGGCCUAGAAGAAAUUGCAAAAGAAAAAGAAAAGCUUAAAAAGGCAGAGAGUCUCCAGAUCAAAGAAGAAGUAUUUGAGACUUCUGCGGAGACAUUAAACUGUUCCAUUAGAGAUCACUGCGAGCAGAAAGACGACCCAAAAGAGAAAGAUAACACAAAUCUAUUUCUUCAGAAACCAGGCUCUUUCUCCAAGUUAAGCAAGCUUUUAGAGGUAGCUAAAAUGCCUCCUGAGUCAGAUGUUAUGACCCCCCCAAAAGUGAAUGUUAGUACAAACGGGGGCCCACUGUCUCAUCAGAACAGCGGGAAGCAUCCACUGGGGAGCGUUCCCUCAGCAACAACAGCACAAAGCCCCGUGGGAAAGACAGACGCCAGUCUCUUUAGCUCAGGCUCCGGCAGUUGUGGGAAGUUCUACAGUCCUCUCCCCAAUGACCAGCUGUUAAAAACACUGACUGAAAAGAACAGACAGUGGUUUAGCCUUUUGCCAAAAACACCUUGCGAUGACACGUCCCUGACCCACGCUGACCUGUCCACCACUCUGGUGACUCCUCAGUCUCAGCCACCAUCUAAGUCACCUUCGCCGGCCCCAGCUGCACUGCUCGGACCCUCUUCUGUUCAGAGCCCCCCUGGACUGAACCCGUUUGCUCUGUCGCCUCUUCAGGUGAAAGGUGGUGUGUCUAUGAUGGGACUUCAGUUCUGUGGGUGGCCUGCUGGAGUGCUCGCUUCCAACGUCCCAUUUACAUCACCUUUGCCUGCUCUCGGCUCAGGGUUGGGACUGCCAGAAGGAAAUGGCAGUAGUUCAUUCUUGACUUCCAGUGUUGCUUCAAGUAAAAGUGACUCUCCAGUCCCUCCAGCUGAAAGACCCUCCAGCGCUCAGCCAGUGGCUGUUGAAGUAGCAAAGCCAGUAGAUUUUCCUAGUCCCAAACCUAUCCCAGAAGAAAUGCAGUUCGGAUGGUGGAGAAUCAUUGACCCCGAGGACCUGAAGACAUUGCUCAAAGUGCUGCACCUCCGCGGGAUCCGGGAAAAGGCAUUGCAAAAGCAAAUUCAGAAACACUUGGAUUACAUUACCCAAGCCUGUGUCAGGAACAAGGACGUCGCUAUUAUUGAAUUAAACGAAAAUGAAGACAAUCAGGUAACCCGCGAUCUAGUGGAGAACUGGUCGGUCGAAGAGCAAGCAAUGGAGCUGGACCUGAGCAUACUCCAGCAGGUGGAGGACUUGGAACGGAGGGUUGCAUCAGCGAGUUUGCAAGUGAAGGGUUGGAUGUGUCCAGAGCCUGCAUCGGAAAGGGAGGACUUGGUAUAUUUUGAACAUAAGUCACUUACUAAGUUGUUCAAGGAGCAUGAUGGAGAACUUACUGGUGACGAAGAAAACAGUGCGCAUGCACUGGCUCGGAAGAGUGACAACCCCCUAGAUAUAGCUGUAACCAGGCUGGCUGAUUUGGAGCGGAACAUUGAGAGAAGGUAUCUGAAGAGCCCCUUAAGUACCACCAUUCAGAUCAAACUGGAUAAUGUGGGCACAGUUACUGUCCCUGCUCCUGCACCAUCCAUUAGUGGUGAUGGUGACGGAAUUGAAGAGGAUAUUGCUCCAGGGCUCAGGGUCUGGAGAAGGGCCUUAGCAGAAGCUCGCAGUGCUGCGCAGGUAGCCCUGUGCAUCCAGCAGUUACAGAGAUCAAUAGCAUGGGAAAAAUCAAUUAUGAAAGUUUACUGCCAGAUCUGUCGGAAGGGCGACAAUGAAGAGCUGCUUCUACUCUGCGACGGCUGUGACAAAGGCUGCCACACCUACUGCCACAGGCCCAAGAUUACAACUAUCCCCGAUGGGGACUGGUUUUGCCCAGCUUGCAUCUCUAAAGCAAGCGGCCAGAGUAUAAAAAUUAAAAAAAUUCAUGUCAAAGGAAAAAAGACAAAUGAUUCCAAGAAAACCAAGAAAGGAAACGUCGCCGGGGACACAGAGGAUGAAGACUCGGCUUCCACAAGCAGCUCCCUCAAGAGAGGAAGCAAAGAGCUCAAAAAGAGGAAAAUGGAGGAAACCACUUCCCUCAACCUGUCAAAAGCAGAAAGCACCACCUCCAUUAAGAAACCCAAAAAAGAUGAGUCCAGGGACCUGGCUCUCUGCAGUAUGAUCCUGACUGAAAUGGAGACACAUGAGGACUCCUGGCCUUUCCUGCUUCCUGUGAACUUGAAACUCGUACCCGGCUAUAAGAAGGUUAUCAAGAAACCUAUGGAUUUUUCUACAAUUAGAGAAAAACUAAAUAAUGGACAGUAUCCCAACUUUGAGACCUUUGCUCUAGACGUCAGGCUUGUUUUUGACAACUGUGAAACAUUUAAUGAAGAUGACUCGGACAUAGGCAGAGCUGGCCACAGUAUGCGAAAAUACUUUGAAAAAAAGUGGACAGAUACCUUCAAAGUGAGCUGAAGUUGUAAUCUCCUUUUUCUCCUUUUUCCUUUUAAACAAGGACAAACAAGACCAGCGGUGUGAACUGCAUUCACACAGAUGUGCAAGGCACAUGCAUAUUAACUUUUUCCUUAAGAUUGGUGUGUGUGUGUGUAUGUGUACAUAUGUGUACAUGUGCACACACACACACACACACACACACGUAUAUUUAAGAAGGAUGGGAAGAAUGACACCAGUUUUAGAGGCUUCACUCCUCCAGCCGAGCCCAUUGGUCACUGGUUUGUGUGACUCAUCAGCUAAUUUAGGUAGAACAGGGAAGCGCACCCAAAGAGUUUUCCAAGGAAAGGGUGUCAUAGUGCAAUAGCAACGAAACUCUAUCAAACCGCACUGAAUAGCCAACACCAGAGCUCUAACGUGGGGAACGGUUCUCCUUUCCCUCUCAAUAAAUAUCUAUUUUUCAUUUUUUUACUUUGUAGUUUAUUUUUUAGUGAAUGUAUUUAAUUUUAUGAAUUAUUUAUGAUUAAACCACAUCCAGAAUCUUCGUUUUCUGUGAAAAGGAAGAACUAGAAAAUUGCUUUAAAUCUUGAAACUACAACAAGGAAUGUUUUAAAAUAUAAAACAAAGCCAAGUUAAACUGUUUACACUGAUGUGCUCAGAAAGCACCAAAAAUAACCUUUACUGUAGAGUCACAAGCCCACUUAUAUAUAAAUAUAUAUAUGUAUGUUGCGCAUCACUUGUGUAGUUAAAUUGUAUCUCAAGCCAGUGGAAAAUUGACGUGUAUAUAUUGUUCAUUAUUGUUUAUAUUGAGUCUUGUUUUAAUAUGUAUUAUGUGUAUAUAUUGUUUGGAGACAUUAUUGUUUAUGCCUUAGAAGGACUGUAGCAUUUUAUCUGAGUCUGAACGUAAUUACAGCUCUACAGCGUGUACAGUAAUUAUCCUCUACCGACACUGUGGCGUCUCCCUAAUCUUGGUAGUGCCUGCCUUCGAAACAGGGUGUAGGGGAUAGUAGUUUUCCAUUUUUCUAUUUUGUUAUAUAAUUUUAAGCCACCAGGGCCUAAAUUAAAGUAUAAUCAUUUGUAUCCAUGUGAAAUAAAAUCGUGACAAUUUCCUACACACACAGUAUUUUUUCAUAGAGACACUUCCCUCCCAUCUGCCUUGCCUCAGAAAUAAAUUUAAAAGACAUUUGUAACCACUGUGUUUUAUCUACUGUGUGUUGUGGCCUGUUGGAGGCACAUAGAUCAGAGUUCUUUUGUACCUAUGUAAAAGUACUUGAAGUUUUAUUUAAAAUAAAAUGUUGUGGAAAAGGUAA